CACGAAAGAAAACUACAUAAGCUUUACGAUCAUAUCAUACCAUUGCAGCAAUGGCAAGCAAGGAUACAACUAAGAAUGGUGCAUCUGAUACGAAAAGCACACAUCCCAAGCCUAAAGAGAGUAUUUCACCUACACCUUGCAAGAAUGAUGGUGCACCUGCGAUGAAAGGUGCAUAUCCCAAGCCUACCGAGAGUGUUUCACCUACACUUGGCAAGAAUGAUGGUGCACCUGCGAUGAAAGGUACAUAUCCACAGCCUACCGAGAGUGUUUCAUCUACAUUUGGCAAGAAUGCUGGUGCAUCUGCCAUGAAAAGUACACAUGCCCCACCUAAGAUUGAUACAAAGCAAGAUGAAUCUAAUCUGCAAUCGUUAGGUAAUAAAUCACAACCGUCUAGUCAACCAAUAGAAGACAUCACUAAAAAGGCACCACUGCAGACAAAGACUGAAUUGGAAAAGACUACGACUGACAAAAUUGAUGAAGAGAAACCUACACAUAUGGCAAAGUCUUCCGUUUCUGUCACACAAAAAUCACAAAACCCUGAAAGUCAAAGCCAACUCCAGCCAAAAGAUUUAUUCUUGGGUAAAACAGUCACUGGUAUUAUGGACGCUCUUGGUUUCCUAGACAGCAGUGAUGCUUCGAAAGAGUACCAGGAAUUGCUUUGUCAACAACAACAUUAUGAAUCACUCAUUCCUUCAGAGAAAAAAGAAUUAUGGCAGAAAAGCUUAACAGAUUUAAUGAGAGACUGCGACAUUACCAAAGAACACAGUUCAGGACCUUUGUACAAUAAUCUGAAGGAACUAUCUGAAAAACAUCCAGAGAAAGGAAAAUCAGCAAUACAAGAGUACCAAUUCAGAAAAUCUCUGAUUGGAAGUCUUCAUAAACAAGGGCAAAACGUUACACAUAGCGAUGCAACGGCACAACCGGCAAAUCCAACAAAGGAUAAAGGGCAAUAUGAAAAUCUGCAAAAUAAUUCGAAUGAAAACCAGGAGCCAAUUCCAAGCGAUUCAAACCAGGAACACCGAGGGGAGAACCAAAAAGACCCAGAAAAUUUUAGAGUAAUAGUUCCUCAUGGAUACAUGUUGGUUAAAAUCAAAGAAUAUGAACAGAUGCAAUAUAAUAUUUCUAAUCAAAGAGAAAGCAUAGAGGAGCUAACAAGCAGGUUGAGUGCCAUUGCUAGUAACAAGCUUAAAGAAGGUAAUCCAAACAUAGCGGACUUGAGCGACAAGAAUCGACCUACCAAGCUAGGGGAGCUCUUCGCCGCUCUGUAUGACAACGAGUGGUCAGAUGCUAUGGAGGAAAUUAAUAAAGGCAAUGGCGAUGAAGACGAGGAGGACGAGGAGACGAUGAAAUGUAUUCAGAGGUUGCUCGAUGUUGUCAAGUUUUCGUAUUCAUUCUGUCGGAAAGAGGCCGAUUUACAGCUACAGAAAAUUGCAAUGGGAAUGAAAGACGCUGUGUGCUUAACACAGAAGGUAAAGCAAGUUGUUACCAUUGAUCAACAAAGAAAGAAAUCAGGCACAGAAAAGGAAUCUAUAAAAGAAGCUAAACCUGAUUCGGUUUCUACACAGAAAGAGAUUAAUUUGGCUACGGCACCAGUCAGUGGUGGAGUACAAGGAAGCUCUGAUGUAGUAUCUGGUCAGUCUGGAAAAAAUCCUGGAUCUACUGGACAACAAUCUGGAGAAACCAAUGGUCAGUCUGGACAGAAACCUGGAACAGUGAGUGGUCAGUCUGGUCAGAAACCUGGAACAGUGAGUGGUCAGUCUGUACAGAAACCUGGGACAAUGAGUGGUCAGUUUGGACAGAAAUCUGGAAUAGUGAGUAGUCAGUCUGGACAGAAACCUGGAACAGUGAGUGACCAGUCUGGACAGAAACCUGGAACAGUGAGUGGUCAGUCUGGACAGAAACCUGGAACAGUGAGUGGUGAGUCUGGACAGAAACCUGGAACAGUGAGUGGUCAGUCUGGUCAGAAACCUGGAACAACGAGUGGCCAGUCUGGACAGAAACCUGGAACAGUGAGUGGUCAGUCUGUACAGAAACCUGGAACAUUGAGUGGUCAGUUUGGACAGAAAUCUGGAAUAGUGAGUAGUCAGUCUGGACAGAAACCUGGAACAGUGAGUGGUCAGUCUGGACAGAAACCUGGAACAGUGAGUAGUCAGUCUGGACAGAAACCUGGAACAGUGAGUGGUCAGUCUGGUCAGAAACCUGGAACAACGAGUGACCAGUCUGGACAGAAAUCUGGAAUAGUGAGUGGUCAAUCUGGACAGAAACCUGGAACAGCGAGUGGUCAGACUGGACAGAAACCUGGAACAACGAGUGACCAGUCUGGACAGAAAUCUGGAGCAGUUGUCAACAAACAUACAGGAUCAAGUGCAACACAACCUGGUACCCCAUCUGUCGAAAACAAGAAGGAGGAACCGACAGGAGCCAAAAAGAAGACACCAGAGUCAGAAAUGUGGUCACUGGCGUUAAGGCUUGCACGAAACUUCCAGAAGGAAACUGCCGUGACAACUGUAACACAGAUUAAACAGCUUUUUAAGUCCAACUGUUUCUACAAAAUGAAGAUGGAUCCAACGCCCUUAUCUACUACCAUGGGUACCUACAUCGACCGCUGUGUGGAACUGAUGUGGUUAAUGGCUGUGCAAGAUCCUCCAAUGGAAAUAAAAUGGGUUGCAAACGGUGAAAGAAGUGACACUAAUUACUUCAAGUACUACCAGAGCAAGGGAAAGAUGGUAAAGCAAUGCGUCUGGCCGGCGGUCUUCUUGAGCGCUCAGGGCGGUAUCGUUAGCAAGGGCUACAUCGUUGGAGUGGCACCACCAGAAAAACCACAACAGAAAACAACAAAAUAAGGUGUCUGUAGAUUUUUGGAUGAUUUAUCUGUGAUGAAGUACAAAUGAAUUAUCUAUUAUGACACAAACAAAUCUACACUUGAACGGAAUGCUUGAGCUGAUAA